AAAAAAAACCUCCAGUAGUGUGUGUUUAUUUUCUCCUGCUGUGGAUAUGGACGUGUCGUAGGUGUAAUUUCAUUAUGACGUCAUAGCCGACCGAACGGACAGUCGUGUGCGUGUGUCUCGUGCGCUGUUCUGCUCGGUUCUCCGUCGUCGGGCUUUUAAGAUUAUUGUUUGUUUUAUUAUGCUGGAACGCUCGGUCUGUCUCAGUGUACAGAGAAAAGAUUCCUAGACAUCCUCCUCUUCUAACAUGUCCACCUCCGGGUGAUUAUUAUUAUUAUUAUUAUUAUUAUUAUUGCCGCUUGUCGUCGUCAGUCGCUGUACCGUCGCCCGAUGCCGCUGAUAGGCUGAGACUGACUCUGACUCGACCCAGUCUGCUCUCAUCAGAAUUUCUUUAACCGCAGCUGCCGGUCAGUCGCGUGAAACCGAGGAACCCCGAGCUCACGCGCAUUCGUUUCACCCGAGGACGCUUUGAAGAUGUUUGACACGCGCGGGAUUCCUUUCAUCGUGCUGGACAUCGCCUGUCUGAUCCUCGCUGGCCUUCCUCUGGCGGCCUUUAACCUGGGUAAAGUCAAGCCCUAUCAGAGGGGCUUUUUCUGUAACGACGAGAGCAUCGCUUACCCGUUUCACUCCAGCACCGUCACCUCCACUGUGCUCUACACGGUGGGCUUCACACUGCCCAUCUGUAGUAUGAUCAUUGGCGAGUGCAUUUCAGUGUAUCUAAAACGUAUCAAAUCAAAGUCCUCUUUCAGCAACAGCUAUGUUGCCUGCGUCUAUAAAGCAAUCGGCACCUUCCUGUUCGGCGCUGCCAUGAGCCAGUCCCUCACCGACAUCGGCAAGUACUCAAUCGGCCGGCUGCGACCUCACUUCCUGUAUGUGUGCAAGCCUGACUGGAGUUCGAUCAACUGCUCGAGUGAAGCGUACAUCGAGGAAUUCACCUGCAAUGGGGACCCGUGGAUGAUAAAGGAAGCCAGGCUGUCCUUCUACUCCGGCCACGCCUCAUUCUCCAUGUACUGUAUGCUCUUCCUGGCACUUUAUCUGCAGGCUCGAUGGCAGGAUGAAUGGGCUCGACUCCUACGACCCACAAUCCAGUUCUUCCUGGUUGCUGCAUCUAUAUACACAGGACUGUCCCGCGUGUCCGACUAUAAACACCACUGGAGCGACGUCCUCACGGGCCUCAUACAAGGAGCGGGCAUGGCCUUACUGGUGGUCUUCUUCGUGUCUGAUUUCUUCAAGAAGCCACCAGCCCCAAAGAAAGAUGACGAGAUAGUGCACACUACUCUCCAGGAGACACCGACUAAUGGAAACCACUAUGAUGCCACUAACUGAAGCUGCACCAAACACCGAAGCCACGUUCUGCGUCUCGCUGUUCCGACAGCACGGUCUAUCAGCGCACACCGACUGUGAGGAAGGACCACUGGGGUGGAAACCUGUGAAUGUAACCCCUGCUUUCCCCUUCUGCUCUGCCCAGACUCUGCGUCUCGUGAUGCCUUUGGGCUGCUGAUGCUGCUUUCCUGUGUAUGAUGCUAACAGAUUUGCUCCUCUAGCAAAGUUUUUUUUUUUAAAGAAAAAUAACUCUUGCUAUACACCUUUUUUUUUUAAUUAAAAUUAUGUUAAAACACUAUGUACAAAAAAAAAAAAAAAAAACACACCAAAAACACAUUGUGCUGUCUGAAGACAAAAGAAGGAAGUCAUUGGAGUCGUGAAGCUGAAUGUUAAUAAACAUGUUCUGUCACCACCA